CCCUUGCGUUACAAGAUAACGAGCGAAACAACACAAUUUUCAAUCCACAUCCCUCAUUUAGCCGUUUCUGUACCACUCAUUGUCGCUUGGCUGUGCUUUACCCAUAAUUCCCAUCGGGCGAUCAGAUUUCCCAGGGAGUCUCUGGGUUUGAAAGCGAUUUGGUGGAUUUUUCUGCUGCCACACACGCAGGAACUAGGCAAUUGGACCUUAAACGCGAUAUGCCUCCAAAGAAACCAACGCCAGUAGCUAGUAAAAAAACAGAUCAAAAGAAGAAGGAGAAAAUUAUUGAGGAUAAGACUUUUGGUUUGAAGAACAAAAAGGGAGCCAAACAACAGAAAUUUAUCAAAAAUGUUGCUCAGCAAACCCGCCAGGCUGGUGUGGGUGAAGGAGAUAAGAACAAGAAGACGGAUAAGAAAAAGGAACUGUCAGAGUUAAAUGAACUCUUCAAACCAGUGGUUGCUGCUCAGAAAGUCAGUAAAGGUGUCGACCCCAAGUCAGUGGUGUGUGCUUUCUUCAAACAAGGACAGUGCACUAAGGGAGACAAGUGCAAGUUUUCACAUGACCUGUCACUGGAAAGGAAAUGUGAAAAGCGCAGUGUUUAUUUUGAUGGCAGAGAUGAAGAUCUUGAGAAAGAUACAAUGGACAAUUGGGAUGAAAAGAAGCUGGAAGAAGUUGUAAACAAGAAACAUGGAGAGGCAGACAAAAAGAAAGCAAAAACUCAAAUUGUAUGCCGAUACUUUCUUGAUGCUAUUGAAAAUAACAAAUAUGGCUGGUUUUGGGUGUGUCCCGGUGGAGGUGAUGUUUGCAUGUACCGCCAUGCCCUUCCAUCUGGCUUUGUGCUGAAGAAGGACAAAAAGAAGGAAGAGAAAGAAGAAGAAGAAAUAUCAAUGGAAGAACUCAUAGAGAAAGAGAGGUCUGCCUUGGGACCAAAUGUUACCAGAGUUACCCUCGAAACAUUCUUGUCCUGGAAGAAAAGAAAGAGGGAUGACAAGAUAAGUAAAGCUGAGGUUGAAAUGGAGAAAAGAAGAGCUGACUUCACAGCAGGAAGAUCAUUUGGGGUCAGUGGUCGUGAAGUAUUUCAGUUCCGACCCGAGUUGGUGGAUGAUGAUGACGAAGAAGCUGAUGAUUCUAAAUAUGUCCAAAACAAGGAUGAUAAUGAUGAAGAUGGGUAUGAAGAUUCUGUGCAUGUCAAUGAGAUUGAUCUAGCACGAUUUGUUCCAAAGGAAGUAGAGUAUGCUGGCAUCACAGUAGCUGGCACUGACAGAUUUACCACAACGGAUGCCAAUAAGAUAAGUGGGGCAUCAGGAGGUGCUGAAGCAAAUGGGGAGCACAGUGAAGGGGAGACUCGGGAAGAUGGGGAGAUUGAAGCAGUUCCUGUUGAUGAGAAUCUUUUCACGGGGGAGGACCUAGAUGAACUUGAAGAGGAACUAAACACACUGGAUCUGGAAGAAUAAUAUCAGGACUGUGCCCUGCAGUAUUUCAUGGAAACACGAGGCCUGAACUAAGUGACAAUGUUUCAUAUUAAAUAGCUUCAUGUUUUGAAAUGUGCAGUUCUCUACUCCAUUGCUCCUGUGAGGUACAGGAUAAACAAGAGUGAUAGAUACUGAGGACAUUGAGAUUCUAGUCUUUUUUGGCCCCUACUGCACAUUAGAGCUAAGAAUUGUGGGUAUUUAAUAAAAAUUAAUAAUGGCUUAUACCAUUAAAGGUCA